AUGUGGUUGUCUCAUCCUAGUUUCAUGCAGCUGGUUGAAGAUAGUUGGAAUAUGCAACUUAGUGGUGCGCCUCGUUUUGUGUUCAUGGCCAAGUUAAAGAGGUUGAAAAAGGCGUUGAAGAUUUGGAAUAUAACUUUUUUUGGUGAAGUUAAAUUUUGUUUGAAGCAAGCUGAAUUGAAACUUGAAACCGAGAAUGAUCUUUUGGACUAUGAUCAUGGUAAUGAGUUGCGGUUUGUGAAGGUUGCGGAUGCUAAGAAAGUUGUUGAUGAUGUAAGAACGGAGUUAGCAGUUAUGCUUAAGAUGAAGUCGCGUGUAACCUGGUUGGAGGAUGGAGAUCAAAAUACCCGAUUUUUUCAUAAUAGCAUUUGUAUGAGGAGGAUUCAAAAUACGAUUUCAGAACUUAAAACUUCGACUAACACUACUUUGUUUUUUCAGGAUGAGAUACAGGACUACAUUGUAAAUCAUCAAGCAAAAUUCAAUGGUGGUGAUGUUAAUAUUGAUCCAAGGCUGUUUGAUAUUGAACAUGAGAGCAUAAGUGCCGAUGAAAGUUCUUUCAUGGAUGUUAUUCCAUCCUUGGAGGAGGUUAAAGAGGUUUUUUUUGAUUUGGGAGCGGACUAUGCGCCUGGUCCAGAUGGAUUUAUAGGUUCUUUCUAUAGACAAUGCCGGAACAUUAUUUCUAAAGAUCUUUUUAAUGCCAUUGCAAACUGUUGGGCUAUGCGUAAAAUUCCCAAUGGCAUAAAUUAA